GUCUCUCUCUUUAUUCCUCCCUCACUUCCGGCCUUCCCCUUUUCCUCCGGUCGACGCGAGGGAGCGGGAGGUUGGCCUCUAGGCAGGGUGGCGGGCGAAGAUGUUGGACAUACAGAAGCGGCGCGUGCGGCUGCUGCUCUUCAUCACGGCCGUCCUCGCGCUCAGCAUCACCGCUGAGAAGUUCAGGGAACUUGUUGGAAAGGAGGCUGCAUCAAAGAGUGGUCAAUUCACAUUCAUGAACUGCUUUGACAUGGGCUCUGGCAGCCUUGCGUGCACUGCAAAGGAGGGUGUCAAGUUGUACGUCAACAACAUCCGAAGUGCACACUUGGAAAUGGUGCGGCAACGAGCCAUGGAGAAAGCUUUAGCUGAUGCUGUGACGGAAGGCCUAACACCUAGUGAAGCAGCCAAACAAGCUCAGAAGAUUAGUGCAAAAGCGACUAAACUUGCUGCUCGUCAAGCCAAAAGGAUAUUGGGACCAAUAAUUUCUUGUGGUUGGGACUUCUUCGAAGCAAUGUACUUUGGUGGAAGCAUGACGGAAGGUUUUCUCCGGGGCACUGGCACCUUGUUUGGAACUUAUAUGGGUGGUUUCCAUGGUGAGGAGCGCUUUGGGAAGCUGGGAUAUCUUGCAGGAAGCCAUCUAGGAAGCUGGGGUGGAGGAAGAAUUGGAUUGAUGAUUUAUGAUAUCAUAAGCGGCCUGAAAUUUAUGUUCCAGUCUAUCCAACCUGAGUAUGAAUCAUCUUCAUAUGCUGAAGAUGGUCCAGAAUACGCAGAAAGUUACACAAACCAAGAGGACUCAACAUACUAUGAAACAUCAGAGGAAAAGCAGGAAGAAUCAAAAUGGUUUGGUUUGUUCUGAAACUGCGAACCGAAUUGUUCUGUCUUGUACUUAGGGGCGAAGCUAGGUAGUAGCUGGAGUGUUGCACCCCCUGAAAAUGUGAAAACAGUGCUUUCCACUGAAAUUUCACCAUAUAUGUAUCCACAAGGCAAGUGUACUCACUAAUUUGCUCUAGCUUCGCCACAGUUAUACUGGAGCAGGGGAACAGUUAGCUGUUUUAUUAUACCUUUCUGAAUGUUUAGCUUCAUUUUGUAUGCUUACAUAGGUUAGGUAUGAUUCUUCUCUGUAAUUCUUGUUUUGGCUACUGUGUACAUAAAACAUAUGGAUCAACUCUGGAGAUUGGGCAGGCAGAAUGCACCAUAAAUAACAGCAACAGUGAACACUUACGGAAA